AUGUUUAAUAGCACAUUGACUGAAGAUGAAUCUUUCUUGUGCCCAGCUGAUGGGGCUAUAAUGAUAACAGCAAGCCAUCUUCCUUACAACAGGAACGGUUUCAAGUUCUUUACCAGCGAUGGAGGGCUUGGGAAGGUUGAUAUCAAAGACAUUUUGGAGCGAGCUGCAAAUAUUUACAAGAACGUUUCUGAUGAAAAUCUGAGGAAAUCACAAAGAGAAAAAUCUUCUAUUAAAAAGGUUGACUACAUGGCAGUAUACACCUCUGGUCUUGUUAAGGCAGUUCGGAGAGCAGCAGGAGAUUUAGAGAAGCCUCUAGAGGGAUUCCAUAUAGUUGUUGAUGCUGGAAAUGGAGCUGGAGGUUUUUUUGCUGCCAAGGUGCUUGAGCCGUUAGGAGCAAUUACCUCUGGCAGUCAAUUUCUGGAACCAGAUGGUAUGUUUCCAAAUCAUAUCCCUAAUCCGGAAGAUAAGUCGGCAAUGGAAGCUAUAACCAAGGCUGUUCUUGACAAUAAGGCUGAUUUGGGUAUCAUCUUUGAUACUGAUGUUGAUAGGUCUGCUGCUGUGGAUUCAACUGGCCGUGAGUUCAACCGUAAUCGUCUUAUUGCCCUGCUUUCAGCCAUUAUUCUAGAGGAACACCCUGGCACAACAAUAGUUACGGACAGCGUCACUUCGGAUGGUUUGACUUCAUUCAUUGAGAAGAAGCUCGGCGGAAAGCAUCACAGGUUCAAAAGAGGCUACAAGAAUGUCAUCGAUGAAGCUAUUCGCUUGAACUCCGUUGGAGAAGAAUCACAUUUGGCUAUAGAAACCAGUGGUCAUGGAGCUCUAAAAGAAAACCAUUGGCUCGACGAUGGGGCCUAUCUCAUGGUAAAAAUCUUGAACAAACUGGCUUCGGCACGAGCUGCGGGUAAAGGAAGUGGCAGCAAAGUUUUAACAGAUCUUGUUGAAGGUCUGGAGGAGCCCAGAGUUGCUUUAGAACUAAGGCUUAAAAUCGACAAGAAUCACUCCGAUCUUGAAGGAAGAGAUUUCCGGGAGUAUGGAGAGAGGGUCCUGCAACACGUAACGAACUCAAUAGAAACAAACCCAGAUCUUCAAAAAGCUCCAGUUAACUUUGAAGGGAUCCGAGUUUCGGGCUUUGGAGGAUGGUUUCUUCUUAGACUUUCUCUCCAUGAUCCUGUUCUUCCCCUUAACAUCGAGGCGCAGAGUGAGGAUGAUGCUGUCAAGUUAGGCCUUGUGGUUGCUAAGGCAGUGAAGGACUUCAAUGCUUUGGACACCUCUGCCUUGUCCAAACUCACAAACUCAUCUUAA